AUGGUACCUGGCCGCCGGGACCGUGCCCAUCGACCUCCUGAGCGCAAAAUGACCAUAUACCACCGCCACUUGGAGCUAGGGUUAGAUCUCCCCAUCCUUCCGUUUGUGGUGGCACUUAUGAAGGCCUACGAGAUGCCCCUGUCGUGGUGGGCGCCUAACUCGAUCCCAUUUAUCAUGGGAUUCCUUUACGUUUGCCAACUGGUGGGUGUUAAGGCAGAUGUAUUCCUUUUCUGCUGCUUUUUCAAGUUGAUUAAAUCGGAACGCAACUAUACUGGCUGGUUUAGUUUCCAGCACAACCCCCUGACCGGGUCCCACACGCUUGUCUUAGUGGAGAAACGCGGCGAGCCCUGGAGGGAGUCAUUUUUCUAUGUGAAUACAGGUGGAAUUGAGGUCCCGCCUUGGUAUGUUGAUUCGGAUCCCAAGGUGACUCUGGAUCCUUGGAGCGACGCCGAUCGGAUCAAUUUUGAUAGUCGAAAAGAGGAAAUCGAUAAACUGCGAGCCUACGACGUGUGUUGUCCCAUACCGAUGUUCAACUGCACUGCAAAAUUAUCUAUGCGAAUGCCGCAGGGACGCCCUGCUUUUAUCCGCGACGUGGACGUGGAUGGCUUGCCAAUGAUGAAGGUGAUUCAGGAUAUUUGCGCGUACUUGGAGUCUGCCCAGAACAUCCGGGAUCUAGAGUGUGGCCCCAUGAUAGCCUUUGACAUGCCCGACGGAGUUGCGACUCCUCCCCUUUCUCCUAGCAGCUCUUCCGGUCACUCUGGAUCUGGAAGCUCAUCCAGCCCUGGUUCUGGAAAGGAUUUUCAAGAUAAAAUAUCCGACAUUCCAGAACCCCCUGAGAAGACCGAAGAUGUGGACAUUGAGAAUGCCACUCGUAUCGAGCUGGCUAUGCACUUAGGUGGCGAUCAUCCGCCAAGCCCGGAUGUUGUUUUGACGUCCCUUCCCACCUUGGGUGGAAGAUAUUCCACCGCCGCGUUGCAUGUGGUUGGGGAGGGUACUAGUGCGGAUUCGGGUGUCGCUAACGCUACUGGGGACGACAUGAUUACUGUGAGCAUCCUGGACCCGAUGGUGGAUUCCGAAAACUCCGUGUAUUACCAUCGGAUCAUGUCGGGUAUCCUCAAUCCAGCGUGCCACGGGAAUCAAGACCGGGAAGCCAAGGAACAGCAGCUACGGGAGAUUGUGCGGGCCAUACAUACCGUGGAAUUCCAGGCGUUGCGUCUGGUGCUGAAGCGAUGCUAG